AUGGGCUCAGCUUGGCAGCCUCGUUCCUACUUCCCCGCUUGGGCUGCCCGAACCCGACGGUGGGCAGCCUUUGAUGGUGACAGCAGGGACUGGGGUUCAGAAGCUGAGAAAGAAGCUCACGCGUGUGAUUUGACUCUCUUUCUCCCCCCUGGUCUGGCUGCAGCAGGCACUGGUCUGGGGGGCAAUUGCACGGGCUGUGUCAUAUGUUCGGAGGAGAACGGCUGUUCCACCUGCCAGCAGAGGCUCUUCCUGUUCAUCCGCCGGGAAGGUAUCCGUCAGUACGGCAAGUGUGUGCACGACUGUCCCCUCGGCUUCUUCGGAAUCCGUGGCCAGGAGGCCAACAGGUGCAAGAAAUGUGGGGCCACCUGCGACAGCUGUUUCAGCCAGGACUUCUGCAUCCGGUGCAAAAGGCGUUUUCAUCUCUACAAAGGGAAGUGCCUGCCCACCUGUCCACCAGGCACCUUGACUCACCAGAGUACCCACGAGUGUCAGGAAGAGUGUGAGCCAAGCCCAUGGGGCAGCUGGAGUCCCUGCAUACGCAAUGGAAAGACUUGUGGCUCAGGCUGGGGCCUAGAGACCCGGGUGCGGGAAGCUGGCCCGGCUAAGCAGGAGGAGACAGCAAGCUGCCGAGUGUUAUCUGAGUCCAGGAAAUGUCCUAUAAAGAGGCCCUGCCCGGGAGAGAGAAAUCCCAGGCAGAAGAGCCGGAAGGAUCGACGCCAGCGCAAGGACAGGAAGUCGGAGCGCAGGCCACAGCAGCCUGGCUCACAAUGAUGUGCUCCAGCUCCAUCAUCUGGCCUCUGCCCUUCCCUUCUCCCCCUGCUCCGCUCUUUCCCACAUCCUCCCUCUUUCUGCCUUACCUUCCUGUCUGUCUGCUGCACUUCAUCCGUCUCCCUUUUCUUCUCCCCCCUCCCUCCCUCUUUACUUUCUGCUUUCUUCUUUGGACCGUUCCUUCUCUCCGUGCACCCUUUGUUUUUCAUUUCCUCCUGCUUUACUUUCCGAUCUUCACUGUCCACCCCCACCCCAUACGCGGACACACGUAAGAAACUGUGCCUAUGUUCUCCAUGUGGCUCUCGACACCUCAACGCCAACGUAUUUCUUCCAGAUCUUUCUGUGACUCUACCCUCAUCUUUGCAGAGUUACAAUUUAGGAGGAAUAGGGAUGGGUACAACUUGACUGCUCCUGGGAGCCCAGCUUUGAGCCAGAGAGACCCUGCAACCUGAGUAGUGAGCCCUUCACCAGGACCAGUCCCUCACGGCCAUUUCUGCAGCACCCAGCCAUGGCCUCUGCAGCGAGGCUACCGGGGAUGGGUUCCAGGAUCUCCCUUGCACCCCUUGUCCAGGAUGGUGGUGUAGGAGUCACUGGGGCCCUUUGGCUGCACAGUGGCCUCAGACCCACCGUCACAUCCUUCUGGAAAUGCCUGCAACACAUCCUCAGUGCCCCCCUCUGGUCUCCCUCCCAGAGUGCCCGUGACCUUUCCCCCAGCUGACCACCCUCCCAAGUCCUUGGGGGACCCAUGCACAGAAUCAGGUGGGAUAUUUAUUCCUGAAGGAAUAAGUCUCUCAUCUCAAAGGCUAUUGAAGUUACACGGAGUUUAGAGCUGGUCCCACCCACUCUGUUCACCACCCGCUUCCUGCCUGCCCCGACAGCAGCGACGGGCUGACACCCCCAGCCUUCGCUCAGCACAUCAUGUCUGUGAAGAAGCCUGAGGGCGUUUGGGGAAGCAGUGGGGGAAAUUGCCGGGUCAGCAGUUGGGAUGGCUUCCCACUUACCCACCUCCUAUGUGGACAUCCUGAGGAUCGUCUACUGGGAUUCCUCCAACUCCAGGCAGGAAGGACACUGGGAGAGCCUUCAAGUAGAUCACACUAAUUGGCAGGUCUGUCCUUACCCCUGCCAUUGGCCCAGGAGCUGUCAUUGUUGCUGGGGAGGAGUUUGGACAGUAGAGCUCAAGGACAGCUGGAGAAGGAUGCGGUACAGGCAAGAGAGACGAGACGCUCCGUGUGAUGUCAUGUCACCACCACCACCACUACCCCCACCACCACCACCCCGCAGGCAGUAACCCUCACACCCACCCUACACUUGGCAGGUGAGGGUCCUCAGCACCACUCCUGAUCCUGUAGCUGUGUUCCUCCACGGUGUCCCACGGAGAACAGCCGGAUCCCCUGCUGGCCAGGCCAAGCCCCCCACUUCUCUGUAGAAGUUCACACCCCUGAAAUGCUUCUUGUUUUGAGACCCCCGGCUAUUUUUUAAAGAAAGAGAAAAAGAAAGAAACUCACGAGAGCUUCUUGGGCAUCGGAUAGGGUUAGAACUGCCCUGUCCAGAAGUUCACAGUAGCAGAUUCUAAACUCCCUGGGGCAGCUUCCACCAGGAGUGUUCAGGUUGAGGGGGGCCAGGGUUCAUGGGGACUGACGGACAGGACAGGGUUUCCGCUGGAGUGCUUCCAGACCCUCUUAAGAAGGGGACUCAGGGGCUCUGUCAUUGAAAUGCUUGCCUUGCUACAGUAGGACCUGAGUGUGACCCCCAGCACCCACAUGAAAAAAGCCAGGCAUAGUGGCAUGCCCUUGUGGUCUCA